GACGCUGGAAGCUUCCGUCCUCCUCUUCCUCCUCGUCCUACGCUGCCGUCAGUCACCCUCCUCCCUCCGUUGCAGUCUUCGUCCUCACGUUCCUGUCUCGCCGCGCAUCGCCUGUCUCUCCAACGUAUUUCGCCCACCAAGAUCCCGUGCUUCUCGCUUCGUCGGUGAUUGGGUUAUUCCCAGGUUGCGGUGUCACCAGGAGCUUUGGCAGGGGAGAAUUGCAGCCAGCGACGAAUUGGGUUGAGCACUAUGGCCACCACAGGCGCUAAUCACACGCAAGCGAAACUUGUUUUGCUUGGAGACAUGGGAGCUGGGAAAUCGAGCCUUUCUCUACGGUUUGUGAGGGGCCAGUUCUUUGAUUAUCAGGAGUCUACAAUUGGAGCAGCUUUCCUCACACAGACAUUGGCAGUCAAUGAGACUACGGUUAAGUUUGAGAUAUGGGACACAGCUGGGCAAGAAAGAUACCACAGUCUUGCACCUAUGUAUUACAGGGGUGCUGCUGCAGCUAUCAUCGUAUAUGACAUCACAAACUCUGAUUCUUUCGGGAGAGCGAAGAAAUGGGUCCAAGAGCUUCAAAGACAAGGCAAUCCCAAUUUGGUGAUGGCGUUGGCGGGAAACAAGGCUGAUCUAUCUGCGAAGAGAAAAGUCGAAGCAGAGGAGGGUCAAUCGUACGCCGAGGAGAAUGGGCUGUUCUUCAUGGAAACUUCAGCUAAAACUGCUCAGAAUGUGAACGAGUUAUUCUACGAAAUUGCAAGGAAGCUACCCAAAGCGCAACCCGCCCAGGCAACUGGAGUUUCACUCACAGAUAAGUCGUCAAGCCGCCUUACCCCUGCUAAAACCACAUGUUGCGCUUGAGAUAAACGUGAAUGUCAGGUGCUGUUAGCAGGGUUUGUCUUUGCUCCAAGUGGGGAUCUGAGAACAAGGACAGCAGGUUAAGCAGGCCCUAUGGUGCUCAUGUUUUGGGUGGUGGUCUGUGGUGUUGCGGUUGGUCACACCAGCAAGGUUGAUAGGAGAUUGAAGGGUAUAGAGGCGCAGCUGUCUGGUUGCGGGUGUCCAUGCUCAUUGUGCACGCACUUCGAAUGUAUUUUAGGGUGCUUUGCAUCUUUGGCAUACCUUGUACAAAGUUUGUCCCAACAGACAGUGUAGAAGAGAUUUAUGAGUGAGUUGUGUACAGGCUCAGUUUCAAAUUGUCAUUCAUUUUGUCGCAUCGAUCAAUGCAGAUAUGUGCGCGUCUGAUUUUGGAAAUUUGUGCCCUGAAUUUUUUCUUCA